AUGGUCGACGAUAAGGAGAUGUCGGAUCCUUUAAUGGAUGGGAAUGGUGCUGUCACGGGUCACAUAAUUUCCACCACCGUAGGGGGUAAAAAUGGAGAACCCAAGCAUACAGUAAGUUAUAUGGCAGAGCGAGUGGUGGGAACGGGUUCAUUUGGAAUUGUUUUUCAGGCAAAGUGCCUGGAAACUGGAGAGACUGUGGCUAUUAAGAAGGUCUUGCAAGAUAGAAGAUACAAGAACCGGGAACUGCAGUUAAUGAGGACAAUGGAUCAUCCAAAUGUUGUUUCUCUGAAGCAUUGUUUCUUUUCAACUACGAGCAAAGAUGAGCUAUUUCUCAAUUUAGUUAUGGAAUAUGUUCCGGAAACCAUGUAUCGGGUCGUGAAGCACUAUAGCAACACCAACCAGAGAAUGCCACUCAUCUACGUGAAACUUUAUACAUACCAAAUUUUCAGGGGGCUGGCUUACAUGCAUACAGUUGCUGGAGUAUGCCACAGGGAUUUGAAGCCUCAAAAUGUCCUGGUUAAUCUUCUUACUCAUCAGGUUAAAAUAUGUGAUUUUGGAAGUGCGAAAGUACUAGUGAAAGGGGAAGUAAACAUAUCAUACAUUUGUUCGCGGUUUUAUCGGGCUCCUGAACUGAUUUUUGGUGCAACAGAAUACACUACCUCAAUUGAUAUAUGGUCGGCUGGCUGUGUACUUGCUGAACUUCUUCUUGGACAACCACUGUUUCCUGGGGAAAAUGCAGUGGGCCAGCUUGUGGAAAUUAUCAAGGUUCUUGGAACUCCAACCAGGGAGGAGAUUCGUUGUAUGAAUCCCAACUAUACUGAUUUUAGGUUUCCUCAAAUAAAGGCACAUCCGUGGCACAAGGUCUUUCACAAACGGAUGCCUCCAGAAGCAAUAGACCUUGCCUCCCGGUUGCUGCAAUACUCGCCUAGUCUUCGUUGCACAGCUCUAGAAGCUUGUGCACAUCCUUUCUUUGAUGAGCUUCGAGAACCUAAUGCUCGACUGCCAAAUGGUCACCCAUUGCCACCUAUAUUCAACUUCAAACAGGAGUUGUCUGGAGCGUCACCGGAUCUGAUCAACAAGCUUAUUCCCGAUCACGUGAAAAGACAAAUGGGCCUACAGUUUUUUUCAUCUCCCGAGGGCAUGACGUGA